AUGCGGUGGUUACAGCUCCUCACGGCCUCGCUGCUGCCCUUUACAGCUCUGGCUGCCAAGAAAUCGACCGGCGACCGCUUCACUGACGCCCGCGCCAAGUCGUUUUUUGUGGGCUAUCCGCUCAAGCUCGACGACGCCGGUUAUGCGCAAUUGACCAAGUCUCCGAGAGAUUAUGGCGUUGCUGUGCUUUUGACGGCCCUGGAGCCGAGGUUUGGAUGCAUGCUCUGCAGGGACUUUCAGCCCGAGUGGGAUUUGCUGGGCAAGAGCUGGAUGAAGGGUGACAAAGACGGGAAGACGAGACUGGUCUUUGGCACGUUGGACUUUGUUGAUGGAAAGAACACUUUCCAGUCGAUGAUGCUUCAAACCGCACCCGUCCUCCUCUACUUCCACCCAACCGUCGGCGCAAACGCAAAGGUCGACUCCGCACCCGUCCGCUUCGACUUCACCGCCGGCCCCCAGAAAGCCGAACAGAUCCACGCCUGGAUCGCGCGCCAGCUCCCCGCUGACGUGCCCAAGCCCUCCGUCUCCCGCCCCAUCGACUGGGUCUUCUACAUCUCCGCUACCGUCAUCGUCCUCGGAGGUAUCACGGCCAUCUCAGUCGCCUGGCCGUACAUCAUUCCCAUCCUCCAGAACCGUAACCUCUGGGCCGCCGUCAGCCUUAUCGCCGUGCUUCUCUUCACCAGUGGCCACAUGUUCAACCACAUUAGGAAAACACCGUAUGUCGUGGGUGAUGGCAAGGGUGGUAUGAACUACUUCGCCGGAGGCUUCAGCAGCCAGUACGGUCUCGAGUCGCAGAUUGUUGCUGCCAUCUACGGCAUCCUCGCUUUUGCUGCCAUUUCUCUCGCCAUCAAGGUUCCCAGAAUCAAAGACCCGCGCGCACAGUCAUUCGCCGUUUUCCUGUGGACUGGUGUCCUGUUCGGCAUGUACAGCUUCCUGCUCAGUGUCUUCCGCAUCAAGAACGGCGGAUACCCCUUCUACCUGCCUCCCUUCUAG